AUGGCCCCCACAACGAUUUUAAUCACCGGUGCGAAUCGUGGUCUUGGGCUCGGGCUGGCCAAGGAACUCCUCGCCCUGCCGAAUCACACCAUCAUCGCAGCAAACCGAGACCCUAGCCAUCCCACCUCGCAAGCCUUGGCCAACCUCCCGACAGGCGACGGCAGCCGCUUGAUUGUGGUCCAAUAUGACGCCGGCGUUGAGGGGGCUGCCUUUGCAGCCGUGAAACAAGCCCAAGAGAAAGCCGACAUCACACACCUGGAUAUCGUGGUAGCCAAUGCUGCGAUUGUCAAGGUGUUCCCUCACGUAAGGGAGGCCAAGCGCAGCGAUAUCCUUGAGCAUUUCCGUGUCAAUUCACUUGGACCGGUCGAGCUGUUUCAAGCUACGAGGGACUUGCUGGAGAAGUCUGCCGACAAGCCCAAGUUUGUGUUCUUGGGAUCUGGGGCCGGUGCUCUGGGCCGCCAACCAGCAAUACCUAACGCCGCUUACGGGCCUUCCAAAACCGUCCUAGCCUGGUACGGCGUGAGGCUCCAUGCUGAGGAGGAAUGGUUGAGCACCUUUGUGAUCGACCCGGGUUGGGCACAGACAGAGAUGGGCAACGGUGCGGCCGAGUUCUUUGGUUAUUCCUCGGCUCCGGUCACCGAAGAAGAGUCCGUCAAAGGCAUUUUCAAGAUUGUUACAGCCGGUACAAGGGAAGAGUAUGGCGGCAAGGUGGUGCUGUACACGGGCGAGGUCCAGGUAUACUAA